AUGACGCGGUUUCCCUGUGCCCAUAGCAAUACCCCAAAGGCAGUUCCUCCACUCAAUAGACCGGAACAGGUGGCUGCACCACAUAACAUCAAUUGCACAGUGCAAGACAGGUCUGUUGAUGAAAGUCGCCCACUCAGGGUAGUCAUCAUUGGUGCUGGAAUCUCGGGUAUUCUUGUUUCUAUUCAGUUCAAGCAGAGAGUCCCGAAUAUGUUGGAGGGACUUGGUAUGAGAUUCGGUACCCUGGAUGUGCCUGCGGAUAAACGCAUUGCGGUCAUUGGAAAUGGUUCCAGUGGUAUCCAGCUCGUCCCUGGGAUUUUGCCCAAAGUGACCCUUAUCGAUCACUACAUCGCGCCCACCUUUGCACGAGAUGAAGUUGAGAAACGUGGCGAGGGCUUAGAAAACUUCGAAUUUACCUGCGACGACAUUGAAACGUUCCAAAAGGACCACGAAGCACAUCAAAUGCUCCGCAAAUUAUAUCCACGGGCCACCCUUAUUGGUCAUCCAAUGCAGGUUGGUGCGCGCGACAUGUUCGCAGAAAACAUGAAACGCCGACUAGCUAAUAAACCCGAACUGUUCGACGAUCUCGUUCCCGGUUUUCCACCUACUUGUCGCCGCCUGACUCUAGGGCCUGGCUAUUUGGAAGCCCUGACGGAUAAAAAGGUCGACAUGAUCAGCUCGGAGAUCGUCCAGGUCGACGAUACGCACCGACCGAUCGACGUGAUUGUCUGCGCCACUGGUUUAGAUACAAGUUUACUCCCCGAUUCACCAUCAGGGGCCGGAGUGGCGUUACCUUGGCGCAGCGGUGGAAAGAGACUCCUGAGACGUAUUUGUCAAUUGCCACAGAUGGACUCCCCAACUACUUCAUCUGUCUUGGACCAAACGCUGGGCUGGGCGAGGGUCAUUGGAUUACUUCAAGAAGUGUGCGCUCAAACGCGUGACAACAUCCGCACAAUGAGCAUCCUACCGGAGGCCGUCAAGUCCUUCACCAAGUACUGUGAUCAUAAGUGUCGCAGCUGGUAUAAGGGUGGAAGUGAGGAAGGACGAAUCACUGUCCUCUGGCUUGGGUUAUCUGUCCACUCUAUGAAGGUGUUUGAAAAUCCCCGUUGGGAAGACUUCGAGUAUUAA